GAAAUGACACCUGAUUAAGCAAAAAGGCAAUAUACCAAAUUAUUCCAAAUUUCUCUCUUUCUCUCAAGAUCGAUUCGAAUCAAUCCGAUCGUCAGCCAUUGAUUCAGUGUUCUUCCAUUGAAUGGAACUCUAAUUGUUCAUCCCAGGUAUGGAUUCAUCAGCUGGACGAGGAGGUAGUACUGCAAAUACUCCCCUUCGAAACUAUAGAUUAGGGAAAACUCUUGGCCAUGGUUCAUUUGGUAAAGUUAAAGUAGCAGAGCAUCUUCCUACGGGUCACAGAGUGGCAAUCAAGAUCCUUAAUCGUCGCAAAAUGAAGAGCCCUGAAAUGGAAGAAAAAGUGAGAAGAGAAAUAAAGAUAUGUAGACUAUUUGUGCACCCACAUAUUAUACGACAAUAUGAAGUGAUAGAAACAUCAGCAGAUAUAUAUGUGGUGAUGGAGUAUGUGAAGUCAGGUGAACUGUUUGAUUACAUUGUAGAGAAGGGUAGACUUCAGGAAGAAGAAGCAAGGAAGAUUUUCCAACAGAUUAUAUCUGGAGUGGAAUAUUGCCACAGAAACAUGGUGGUUCAUAGGGACCUUAAGCCUGAGAAUCUUCUUUUAGAUUCAAAAAGAAGCAUCAAGGUUGCUGAUUUUGGCUUGAGCAAUGUUAUGCGGGAUGGCCAUUUCCUUAGAACUAGUUGUGGUAGUCCAAAUUAUGCUGCUCCUGAGGUUGUUUCUGGAAAGCUCUAUGCUGGGCCAGAGAUAGAUGUUUGGAGUUGUGGUGUUAUCUUGUAUGCACUUCUUUGUGGUACUCUUCCCUUUGAUGAUGAAAAUAUUCCAAACCUCUUCAAGAAAAUAAAGAGUGGAAUUUAUACCCUCCCAAGUCACUUGUCUCAUGGAGCAAGGGAUUUAAUCCCAAGGAUGCUUGUUGUUGACCCAACUAAGCGAAUAACAAUACCAGACAUCCGUCAACACUUUUGGUUUAAAACUCAUCUUCCUCGCUAUUUGGCUGUUGCUCCACCAGAUCCGAUGCAUCAUGCAAAAAAUGUUGAUGAAGAAAUUGUGCGUGAUGUGGUUAAGAGGGGAUUUGAUGAGAAACAAUUGAUUGCAUCUCUUCAAAGCAGGAUUCAAAAUGAUGCUACGGUUGCAUAUUAUCUAUUGCUUGACAAUCGAUCACCUGUUUCUAGUGGCUACUUGGGAGACGAGUUCCAGGAAUCCAUGGAGUUUGGUUCUGGAGCAUUGCCACCAAAUGAAGCUGUUUCAAACAUGGUUUCUGGUCACCACUUACACCAAGAUACUAGUUUGAACAGUCGGUUUCCAAGUGAAAGAAAAUGGAUUCUUGGAUUGCAGUCUCAAGCCCAUCCUCGUGAAAUUAUGACUCAAGUUCUCAUGGCUCUGCAAGAACUUAAUGUGCGUUGGAAGAAAAUGGGUCACUACAAUAUGAAGUGCAUGUGGUCAAAUGGAGGCUCUCGCGAGCCUGAAGGAGGACGAGAUAGUAAUCAUGAUUACAUCGGUGGUGACGAAUUUAUCAGCGUCGAGACUAGAAGUCAUCCUCAAACCAUUUUGAAGUUUGAAGUUCAGCUAUACAAAACUCAAGGGGACAAUUAUCUGCUUGAUUUGCAGAAAAUUAACGGUCCCUCAAUGAUCUUCCUAGACUUUUGUGCUUCUUUUCUAGUGCAGCUUGGAGUUAUUCACUAAAAAGUAAAAAAAAGCCCAAAACCGAAGAAAAAAGAAAAGAAAGAGAAGAGAAGCUAAGGAAUGAAGAAUAGCCCAUUCUGUUGCGUGUAAAACAUAUUGUGCAUAAGAAGGUAUUCCUAUUUUACAAUAACUUCUUUUUAUCGGUUUUAGUUGGAAGCGUCGAAGAACCUAACAGCCCGUCCUUUUGUGAAUAAUUGAAAGGUGUAACGGGUAGAAUGCGAAAAUUAUGAGUUUAAAACGAGCUCUCUUCCAUGUUUCUGAACUGAAUGUAUAUUCUUAUGUUGUGGAUUUUUAGCUUGUUGGGUUGAAUUAUCUUAUCAAUCUUGUUCAAUGCCAUAUUGUAAAAGAUCUUCUUUAAUUAUUAAUUUAUGAGAAUAAAGUGUUAUUGAUCU